AUGGCCAGUGACUUCAUGUUCCUGCAGCAGGAAGAAGAAAAACUCUCUCCUUUUGUAAAGGAGACUGCUUUAGCACAGAGAAUAUUUUUGAAGAUAAUAACUCACAAGGUAGGUGCUAGCCAGAUGAGGAAGUCGCAGAGGGAGAUCACAGUUACACUGAGUUUUGUCAAGUUUGUCCCCCUAGCUGGAGGAGUUGCUGGCAGCUUUGUUGUUCCUAAAGAUGCUGAAGGAACAGCAGCAUCUGGGAUGUACUCUGCUACACAAAUCAACACAGCAACAGACGAUAGUCAUUUUGUCAUCACCUGCAACCAGCUAGCAACAUGAGUCAGCAAGUCAGGUUCCACAUCAGGUCCAAAGACAGCACCCAGGCAACUGCCCUUCGUUGUCAAGGAUGCCAUCCCAGUGUUCAGUUGCAAGAAUGUUCACUAUGACCUUGUCUUCAUCUUGGAUGCCUCCUCCAGUGUCGGAAAAGAAGAUUUUGAGAAAGUUCGGCAGUGGGUGUCUAAUUUGGUGGAAACUUUUGAGAUUGGCCCAGACAAAACCCGUGUAGGUGUGGUGCGAUACAGUGAUCGUCCAACCACAGAGUUCGACCUGGGAAAGUACAAAACCCGUGAGGAAAUCAAAGAAGCUGCACGAAAAAUUAAGUAUUAUGGGGGUAAUACGAACACCGGAGAUGCUCUCAGGUACAUCAACACCUACAGUUUUUCCAAGGAAGCUGGUGGGAGACUUAGUGAUCGAACUGUUAAAAAAGUGGCUAUCCUUUUGACGGAUGGAAGGAGCCAGGAUUAUGUCUUGGAUCCAGCCACUGCAGCUCAUCAGGCUGGGAUUAGGAUCUUUGCUGUGGGUGUAGGCGAAGCCUUGAAAGAGGAACUUGAUGAGAUUGCUUCGGAACCCAAGUCUGCUCAUGUGUUUCACGUCUCUGAUUACAAUGCCAUCGAUAAAAUUCGAGGGAAGCUGAGAAGACGUCUCUGUGAAA